AUGCGGAUCAGCGCUCCCACCAGAAUUCCCGUGUGGGCCCUCCUUGGUGCUCUCUGUGCCCUGGACGCCUGGUGGCCUGGGCUUGUGCGCAGCGGCGGCGGCGGGGGCCCCCCUGGACAGCCGUCCUCCGCGCAGGCGGCUGAGGCGGCGGCGCGCGAGGCGGAGCGGGCGCUGGCCUACGCUCGCAACCUCUCAGGCGGCCUGGCGGACCUCGCUCGGCUCUACGGGGAGGUGGAGACGCUUGCUGGCCGCGUGCGGCAGCUGCAGGACGAACAGGUCCGCCACAGCGAGGACGCGGGCUCGUUCUACGUGCACACCAUCGGCUUACUGCUCACGGGCGUGCUGACGCAAGUGGUGACGGCCGCGGCUGAGUUCUUCAAUGAGUUGCUGCCAGGCCGCGUCGUCACCGUGCACUAUGGUGACGACCGCGGCAUCUGGCACGAGCGGGUCCUGGUCUGGCUUGCCGAUUCUGCUCGCCCGUCCGCUCGUUGGACGAGCUUGACGCCAGACGGUGACGUCUACGAGGAGGAGCUCGCCAGCGGGGCCGACGGCGAUGGCCCUGACAUGGCGUCGCUGACGUUCGGCGCCGCACCAGCUCGCCAGCGGCCCGCGGGGCGGGUGUACCGCUUCCGUGCCUAUCAAGCGGAGGCGGAGCUGCUGCAGCUGGUGCGCACUGCCAGGCGCGCCGCCAGGGAUGCAGAUCUAGCCGUCUCGGAGCCACCGUACUACAUGCGGGGCGCCGAGGUGCUGGGCGGCGGGACGACGGUCAGCUUCGGGGACGUUUCUGGCUUCUACCGCCGCAUGGUACGGAAGGCCCCGCUGGCGGCGGCAGCCGUUGGCGGGGGCGGAGGCGACCGACCGCCUGUGGACGACGGUGACGAUGGGCUAGAGGACGGCGGCGCGGUCGGCGGCACUGCUACUCCUCCGCCUGGGCUCGGUGCUCGCGUGCUGACGGCCAGCGAGGCACCACCGCCGGGCAUGAGUUGGAUUGCGGCGAAGACGGUGACAGGCGAGAUCCAGAAGGGUGACGAGAUCACACCAGGUGUCGGAGAUGUGCUGUGGGGCGAGAGUGGGUUUCACGGCCUCUCGUCGGGCUUCAUCGUGCCCAUGGAGUUGGUCCCGACCUCCUCUAUCACGCGUGCCACGGGCGAUGGCGAUGAUGACGCCCGCCUGCUGGGUGCUCUGACGCGCGCGCGGGAGGGUCGGCGGCGCCGAGACUUCCGCGAGUCGGUGAGCCAGAUGCGCCAGGAGGUCUUAGACGACUUCCCACCGUCGGGCGAGCGCAGCUACAAGUGGCUGUGUGAGCAUAUCGCGGAGCAUGGUGGCACCCCCGACGGCCGCCAGCCGAAGUGGAUGACCGAGAGCAGCUGCGCGAAAGACUCGGCGGCCGUCCACUUCCACGACCUCCUGGGGCUCUACAUUGAGCUCGCGCAGACGUAUGACCAGGUCGACGGCUCGAACCUGGCCUGCAUGGAGGUAGUGGCGCGCACCUACCAGCUGGCGGAGGAGACGAUGGGCAGCAUGAAGGUAGAGGGGGUCGAGCACAACAUCGGCCGCUCGAACCAGAGUGCCCGCCGCGGCGUGGCAGUCGCCCCAGGCCUCGCCAAGUGCGCGACCGAGCAGCUCGCGAAGGAGACCGAGAUCCAGAAGCAGCGGAGGAAGGCGCGCGAAGAGAAGAGCGCCUCCUCGGGCAAGAGGGGACAGGGAUAA